UCCGGUGUCAUUUCCUGUCAGUGUUUGUAAACUGAUACAAAAAAAAAAUUGGAAGUGCGACGAACGAAUAAUAAUCAUCAAAACUGUUUGAAGGCUUUGGCCCCUGAUGAUUUGGUUGGGUGUGGUUUCUUCUGUCACCUCUCAUCCUGAGUGAAGUCCCCUCAGUUCCCUCAAACAUACACACAUGCAAAGUACCACGAUGACACAACAUUCCAGCAACUCUGUUCGAGAUCAUAUGAAAUGGGCUGGCUUGCUGGGUUGUGAGGCAGUGCUGUCCAGCAUGGCCCUGAUGCAAGCCAACAAUAUUUCAGGUCAAAAGAAGAUGAUGUCACCAAUGAACCAGGGUCAGAGGGCCAGUCCUGAGAGUCACCAAACCCACUCGCAGCAUAGCCACAACCACAGUCAGGGCCACCAUGGCCAACCACACCACAGUCACAUGGGCCAGCCUUCAACUGGCACCUGUCCAACACUGGUGAUCCGAAAAGACGGAGAGUAUCACACUUCAAGAAUGAUUGAUGAAAAGGAUAUGCAAGCAAAUCAGAAUACACAGGCAAAUCAGAAUAUGCAGCCAAAGAAAAAACACAAAAAAUCAAGUUUAUCAAACAAAGUUAAAGAAGAAGUGGAGUCUAUGCUCCCACGGAUGGAUAUGAUUGAUGACACUUCCUUGAAAGUUCAGAAGAAUUUCAUCUGUGAUCACUGCUAUGGAGCUUUCCGCAGCAGCUACCACCUCAAGCGACAUAUCCUUACGCAUACAGGGGAAAAGCCAUUUGCCUGUGAUUCAUGUGAAAUGCGGUUUAUUCAGCGUUACCACCUGGAUAGACACAAGAGGGUGCACAGUGGUGAAAAGCCGUACCAGUGUGACCGCUGCCAUCAGAACUUCUCACGUACAGAUAGGUUGCUGAGGCACCGGCGCUUGUGCACAGUAGGGAUGAGCAAAGAGGAAAGCCAGCUGUGCUGCGACAAUCGGGCUUCUGGGUACUCGCAGGACACCACCUCCCACACAGCUUCCUGGAGCCCUCUGCAGCCUUCCAACAAUCGUCUGACUGUCUGAACAGCAGCCUGCGGCUCAGUAACACCACACCGCUGUUAGUCCUACACAGCCUAGCAUAAAUGCAACCAAACCUUAGUUUGCCCUCAGCCAUUCAUAGUUUGAUAGUUGAUUUUUUUUUUUUAUGCUUUUUUAAAUUCACAGUACAGGCAGAAGGUAAAUGAUGCAGAUUCUUAACCAACAUGUCACAAGAGUGUGGCAUUAACUGGAUAACAGACACUCAGAUUUUGCAAAAAACAAAGAUGGUGGAAGUAUUUCUGGCUGCGUGGACUGCUGAUGAAUUUUGCAGUCACUGUAUAUUACAGUGAUGGACACUGUGAAUUUCUUUGACCAUUUCCUCUUUGUGACAUCUGACUGUCAUGUAGUGCUGAUGGAUGUACCGCUGCAGUCGGCCCCACUGCAGCCUCAUAAUGCCUACGGAUAAUUCACUGAAGCACAUGCUGAUCCACAUGACCUCUCAGCGGUCAGGUGCUAACAAUUGUUGCUCUGUGCUACUAAUGUAUCAGCUGAACAGUCACAGCAGACUGCUGUUUCAGAUAAUAACCACAUUUUCAUUGCUGUUAGAUCUCAGCUUAAUAAUAAUUCAACUUAGAAAUGUAAAAUUACAGUGUAAGGGGUCAUUCCUUAUUAGCUCAAUCAGAGGCUCCUGGGUCACCGUUUGAGAAUCUUCAAGGGGAAGGGGGUCACCGGACUUGUAAACAAAUCCAGAAUUUUAAUUCAACAUCUGCAACUACUUUUUAAAUUGUACAUCCCACCCACAAUUGUUUGACAAAGAUGUUCUCAUCCAGCUUUGAACUUCCAUUAAUUUGCUGCAUUUAUGUGUAGAAGUGUGGAAUUUAGUGUCGCAGGGUAGCGUUUGCCAUAGAUUCCAAAAAUUCAGAUAGUCAAAUCAAGUGCAACUUCAACCACUUUUGUCUGUUUGACUAGAAGUCUAGGUAAAACAUAAUUUUUUUUAAAACCCAGAUACAGUAGUGUCAUUUAAUAGCCACUGCUUCAAAACUGGGCUUGAUAAAGAUCUGAAAUCAGAUUUUAAUUUUUAUUCUCACCUCUCUGCUUAGAAAAUACGGUCCAAGUAUAUACCUAUGAUUCCGCAUUUUCUGCAAGCAGAACAGAAUUUCAAAGACGGAUGAAAAUGUACUUGUCAAAAGAUGACAAAUAAAAAAUUGUUGUGCUAUAUUUA